AUGAACCCACCGCCGCAAGACUGGCCCGAACCCAUCGUCCGGGUCCAGGCCCUUUCCGAGUCCUGCGCCGGCUCUAUCCCCGAGCGUUACAUCAAGCCACCCUCAGCCCGCCCCUCGUUCGGCCCAGGACCGAUCGAGGCCGCCAGCAUCCCCGUGAUCGACCUCGACCCGGCCCUCCGUGGGCCCACGAUGCGGCUCGUGGACGAGGCGUGCCGCGAGUGGGGCUUCUUCCAAGUCGUGAACCACGGGAUCCGGCCCGAGCUCAUGGACCGAGCUCGGGAAGUUUGGCGGGAAUUCUUCCGGCUCCCGAUGGAGGUGAAGCAAUCGUACGCAAACUCCCCCGCGACUUACGAGGGUUACGGGAGCCGGCUCGGAGUCCAGAAGGGCGCCGUGCUCGACUGGAGCGACUACUAUUAUCUUCACUAUUUGCCUCCCGAUUUGAGGGACUUCGCCAAGUGGCCCGCCCUUCCCGUUGAGCUGAGGGAGGUUAUCGACGAGUAUUCUCGGGAGAUAGUGAAGUUGGGUGGGGUUUUGUUGAAGAUACUGUCUUUAAACCUCGGAUUGAACGAGGAUUAUCUGCCGGAGGCGUUCGGAGGGGAAGAUGUCGGGGCGUGUUUGCGGGUCAAUUUAUACCCCAAGUGCCCGCAGCCGGAUUUGACUCUGGGCCUGUCGUCGCAUUCGGAUCCGGGCGGGAUGACGUUUCUCUUGCCGGAUGAAAAUGUGCCGGGGCUUCAAGUCCGGAGGGGAGACGGGUGGGUCACGGUGAAACCCGCCCCGCAUGCAUUCAUAGUUAAUAUUGGGGAUCAGUUGCAGGUGCUGAGCAACGCCAUCUACAAAAGCGUGGAACACAGAGUGAUAGUCAAUUCCAACCAAGAGCGCAUUUCACUUGCCUAUUUCUACAACCCGAAAGGCAAUUUGCUCAUACAGCCCGUGAAGGAAUUGGUGGGGCUGAGUCACUCUGUUGAGUGGAUCACUUUGAUUGAUCCAAUUUUUGUCUACUCCUCAAAGAAUUCGAAUAUCGGCUUGUUUGUUAAUUGA